GCAGCCGCCAUGGUAGCAGCGUUGCGGAAGUUGGCUAAUCGGUUAAACGCCUCAUAUUUAAGAUCUGUGGUGCCAUCCGCUGGUUUUAAGAGUGCAUACAGCCUGGAAAAAAUAUAUCCCGACUCAGAUCCUAAUUUUACGUCGUCUUCGCAGGUCCCUGAAAAUGAAGGAUCUAGGUUUAGUGGCUAUAUUCCAAUGAAGGACAUUGAUAUCUCAUACACCAAGAGCAGUGGACCAGGAGGCCAGAAUGUGAACAAGCUGAACACAAGGGUGGAGAUUCGGUUCCAUGUCCAGACGGCAUCAUGGCUGCCUGAUGAGGCUAAGGAAGGCCUUCUCAAAAAGUACCGGUCCCGCAUCAGCCGGGACGGCUACCUGCACGUGCGCUCCGAGCGGACGCGCUCCCAGCUGCUGAACCGGGCCGACGCCCUCGACAGGAUACGGUACCUGGUGACGGACGUCCUGCGGAAGCCGAAGGAGCCCGGCCCGGAGGCGGCGGAGCGACACCGGCGGCUUCACGAGAAGGCCACCCGAGAGCGGUUGAGGGAGAAGCGGGCCCGCUCAAUGAACAAGCGGCAGGGAUCGCUGGACGUGUAGCAGACUAGGUGGUUGGACGGGGUGUGUACUGCGUGGCAGCAGUGUGACAAAUAU